AUGCAUCUCCCAACUUUCCUCACGACGCUGCUCUUCACCACUGCCGCCCUUGCAUCGCCAUAUGCGUGGGCCGAGCCUCAAGCUAAUGUCCCGUCCAACAACGGCCGAAAACCCAAUCGCACCCACCGACACGAAAAGACGCCGACGUUCAAGGAGCCAUGCAAAUGCGCCGACCCCAUUGUGCCUAUGGAUCUGCUUAACGAGAACGAGAAGUGCAUGAUCAAGUAUGCUGCGCGCAUGGGAUGCUACAUGAGCUCCAAGGGUGGCUGCCCUUCACCACCUCCAUCUUGUGGUCUCGGCCCUUUAAGCGGCAUUCCUUCGCUAUAG